CUACCCAGCAGAGAAAAUGUCUAAAAACACGAAAAUAAUGUUGGUGUUUGGAGGGUUUGUGACGGCCGUUGCUGCUGCGUUUUACCCUAUAUUUUUUUACCCCCUCACACACAAAGACGAGUACAGAGACGUCCAAAAGGUGAACCGGGCAGGGAUCAACCAGGCAGAUGUGCAGCCUGCGGGUAUGAAGAUAUGGUCUGAUCCAUUCAAGGCUGCAAGCAAAUGAUGACCACAGUGACCCCUUCACUGAGACGCUGCUGCAGACUCUGAGUACAGAGUGUCUUUUUGAUAUGUGCUUGGUGUGUGUGUGUGUGUGUGUGAGUGAAUGACUGUUGAGUGUUAAGUUACCUGUUAAAUAAACUAUAAUCGACUACUUAAGAACCCAAACGUGGAUAUCCUUUUAUUAUAUUGUGUUUAGAUGGAGGACGGCUAGCUACACAGAAGCACAGAUACAAAACAAUGGCUGUUUUGUUUUUACCCUAAAUUCAACCUAGAGCCACCUGCUGGUCUCCUGUUGCCCACAUGAGGGCGCACCACUCCUGUGUGUUCCCGCUAAAGGCAGUGGACUGUGUAAUGUCUUGUUUGUGCAUCUGAGAUAUUUUGGAAAAACCAUUGUAUUUCCAAAAAAGCUUUGCUCUGGUAUGCAGCCUGUAGGAAAUUAUAAUAAAAUGCAGUGGUUUGUUUACCCAUCUCAUUCA